AUGUUGUCUUCGCUUUUUUCUACUGCGCUGCUCUUUGCGGCAGCACUUUCUCCAGUAUAUGCCGACACAGCGUCGAGUACAGACUCAACGACGGACUCAGUAACAGUCUCGACCGAUGUUGUUGCUUCCAGCGAUUCUUUGAUUGCUGCUGCCAGCACCUUCGUCCCCAAGAAGGUCUGCAAAUGUGCUCCUGGCGACAGUUGCUUUCCAUCCGAUACUAUUUGGAAAAUUUUCAAUGUCACCACAGGAGGACGGGUCAUUAAAACAAAACCCGUCGCUAUCUCAUGUUAUCCUGGUCCAGAUCAGAAUGCCGCGAGGUGUGCUCAAGUCGACGCGAGCUGGGAGGACGCCACAUUCCAAGCAGAACAGCCUGUCGGACUUUCUUACCCAACCAACGUCACUUGUCCUCCUGUGAACGUAGCUGCAGGCGAAAAACCAGGCUCAUGCACACUUGGUGUGAGCCCGUCCUACGCCAUUGAUGCUACUGAGCCCUGGCAUGUAGCUGUGGGCGUUGCCUUCGCAAGACUAUUCAACAUUCGCCUGGUUGUCAAGAACACUGGCCACGAUCUCCUUGGACGGUCUGAAGGAGCGCUUGGUCUGGAAGUGUGGAUUCGUCAUCUUCGCAAAGGGAUCACUUUCCAAAAGACUUUCAAGUCUUCCACCGCAUGCACAAAGAGCGGCUGGACCGGCAGCGCCAUCAAAAUCGCCGGUGCUUACGCUUGGGGUGAUGUGUACUCUGUCGCAAAGGCAAACAAUGUCAUUGUUGUCGGUGGGGGUACACCCAGCGUUGGAGCCAUCGGUGGCUGGAUGCAAGGAGGCGGCCAUGGACCUGCUUCCAGACAAUUUGGUCUCGGAGCCGACCAAGUUCUCGAAUUGGAUGUCGUUCUCUCAAGUGGACUCACGAUUACUGCGAACGCAUGCCAAAAUAGCGACAUUUUCUUCGCUCUCCGUGGCGGAGGUGGCGGUACCUAUGGUGUCGUGAUCUCCACCACUGUCAAGGCUCACCCGAACUCAGCCAUUGUUGUUCAACAUCUGUUACUUGGUGCUCUUACGGCCAACACCUCCGGGUUGUUAGACACAAUUGCAAUUGUAACAGGUGCUUACCCUGACCUGAACGAUGCUGGAUAUGCAGGCUAUGGCCAAUGGUCCAUCAACAGCCCGACACCACUAUUUGCAACUUUCACUGCUGGCUACGUCCACGGUAUUUAUAUGUUUGGCAAGACGGAACAACAAGCUCGUGCUGCUUUUGACGCAACAAGGGCCAAGUUGGCCGCUUACAAUAGCAGUGUUUUCAUUUCCGAGACAUAUGUUUCUUAUGCUGACUAUUGGUCGUUCUACUCAACUGAGUCUGGAGUUGAGCCUGCUGUUGGCACCCCCGCAACUCUCGGAUCCCGCCUUUUCGACCGAACGUCGCUCACCAAGAGCUUCUCUGCCCUACGAAACAUGAUUGGCGUCAUUGCAGGGACUCCUGGUCAGUUCACGUUCAACAGCUUCGAAAUUGUGGGUGGUGGACAGGUUUUCAAAGACAAGUCUGAUCCAAACUCUGGCCUGCUCCCGGCCUGGAGAACAUCAUACUUCAGCAACAUCGUCGCACGAGGCUACCCUCUUGGAACUCCUCAAUCGGUCGUCGACCAGAUCGAGGACGAUAUCACCUUUGUCAAGGUCGCAGCGAUGAAAGCCCUGGCACCCAAUACCGGAGCGUACAUGAACGAAGCUGAUAGACAUGAUCCUGACUGGAAGGUCGACUUCUACGGAAGUAACUACAACAAGCUUCUGUCGAUCAAGCAGAAGUAUGAUCCCGUCUCUGUGUUCUUCUGCCCAACUUGCGUCGGUAGUGAUGCGUGGGGUGAGGAUUCCUCAAGAAGACUGUGCAAAGUGAACUCUUCUUAG